AUGACUACAACUCCCAGUGAAAGAGGUGGCCACAUCUGAAGGUGAAUUCAAUUCUGAUCCGGCAACAAUGCAGGCCAUUCUCAGCUUAUGCCUCUUCUUAGCACUCAUAGCUAGAGGGACUGCUCUACAGUGUGAAAUUUGCACAGGCCUGGGCCACAACUGCACUGGUAAAACAGAGACCUGUCCCCCUGAUCAUGCCUUUUGUGGCACCACAUUGUUUGAAAGUAAACACGAUGAAAUAUUAGUUCAUGGCAUUAUUAAGAACUGCAUUCCAUCCAGUGUGUGUGCAGCUGGUUCUACUGAUAUAAACUUGGGAGAAAAAGGAAGAUCGAGAACUCAUGUUUUCUGCUGUCAGGGUGAUACUUGCAAUGCAGCCACUGCUGCCAAAUUUAUGCCAUCGGAAGCCAAACCCAAUGGUCUGCAGUGCCCCGCUUGCUAUGCUUUGCUUGAUGAGUCAUGCAGUGAUGCAGACACAGUCAACUGUGUUGGGUCUGAGUUUCAGUGCAUCAAUUUGGUUGGAUAUGUCCAUUAUGAUGAAUCAUCUCAGAGGAUUGCCAUGAAGGGUUGUGCCACCCAGCCAGUUUGCAGUGCUAGUGUCGGAGGUGCAGCAACAUUUGCAGGAGUCAGUUCGGCGAUAACAAAGCUUGAGUGCUCACCAGCCUCCAGCACAGCCAGCAUAUCUCCUGGACCAUCUGGACUCCUUCUUUCAGCAAUUGUUGGGUUUCUGCUGGUGAAGCUCUGAUCCUUGUUGACUGGCUGUCUUUGCUGAUGCAUCGCAUGGAGGGCUAAGCCAAGGCAUGUGCCAACGCUUGGCUCUUGCUUAGUAUAAACAGACGAAUAGGGUGACCUGCGAUUUAGCCAUUUUGUAUGUAAAGAACCAAAGCAGGAAUAUAAUGGUUUUUUAAAAAGUCUUAAGCUCAAUUUAAUGAAAGAUUUUAAUUACCCAUUUUAGUUUUAUUUAGGACUAGGAAUAAG